GUGAAGAGCAUCGACUAUCCCAAAUUGGAAACAUUUUUUCUUGCCUUGGAGACCAAAGAGCUGGUUACCGCAGUGUGUUUCUUGCCGUCGUUUUGCUAGUAUUGCCUUUGGCUAUCAGGAAAAUGACUGUAGCCCAAUCCUAGGUCUCAUCCUGUGGUCGUCGGGUCUUUACGCUGAGCCCCCUCCCUUUCCUCCUGGCCCGUGCCUGCAGUUGUCCAGGCUGCAGGGCCCAGACUCACUGAAAGGUGCAGGCCUCCUCUUCCUGCAGAAUGACUGUUGCCACGGGCGACCCCUCAGACGAGGCGGCCGCUCACCCGGGAAACCCCCAGGACUAUGACCCUGAGGCAGACCAUGAGUGCUGUGAAAGAGUGGUCAUCAACAUCUCAGGGCUGCGCUUUGAGACACAACUUAAAACUCUUUCACAGUUCCCAGAGACCCUGCUAGGAGACCCCAAAAAAAGAAUGCGCUACUUUGAUCCUCUGAGGAAUGAGUACUUUUUUGACAGAAAUAGACCCAGCUUCGACGCCAUAUUGUAUUACUACCAGUCUGGAGGACGGCUACGUCGCCCUGUCAAUGUCACACUUGAUAUUUUCUCGGAGGAGAUUCGUUUUUAUGAGCUGGGUGAGGAGGCCAUAGAAAUGUUCAGAGAAGAUGAGGGAUUCAUUAAAGAGGAGGAACGACCUCUUCCUGAUAAUGAAUUUCAGAGACAAGUGUGGUUACUGUUUGAAUACCCAGAGAGCUCAGGUCCUGCCAGGAUAAUUGCCAUAAUCUCUGUCAUGGUCAUUCUAAUAUCAAUUGUUAGUUUCUGUUUGGAAACCCUUCCCAUUUUCCGGAAUGAUGAAGAUGAAAUGCAUAAAACUCACUCUGAAGUUUUUUCACCUGAGACCAACACAACAAUAAUUAGCUACACGUCAACCUACUUCACAGACCCAUUCUUUGUCUUAGAAACUCUUUGUAUUAUAUGGUUCUCAUUUGAAUUUUUAGUACGCUUUUUUGCUUGCCCCAGCAAAGCAGGCUUUUUUGGAAACAUAAUGAACAUUAUUGACAUUGUUGCUAUCAUUCCUUACUUCAUCACUCUUGGCACAGAGUUAGCAGAUAGGCCAGAGGAUGGCCAGCCAGGUCAGCAAGCCAUGUCUUUAGCCAUUCUCAGGGUCAUUCGUUUGGUGCGAGUCUUCAGAAUUUUUAAACUUUCACGCCAUUCCAAGGGGCUUCAAAUCCUGGGCCAGACCCUCAAAGCCAGUAUGAGAGAAUUAGGUCUCCUCAUUUUCUUCCUCUUCAUUGGAGUCAUCCUGUUCUCAAGUGCGGUGUACUUUGCAGAGGCAGAUGAGCCAGAAUCGCAGUUUGAAAGCAUCCCAGAUGCAUUUUGGUGGGCUGUAGUGUCCAUGACAACAGUUGGUUAUGGUGACAUGGUCCCAACUACAAUCGGUGGCAAAAUUGUUGGCUCCCUCUGUGCUAUUGCAGGUGUGCUGACCAUUGCCUUGCCCGUACCUGUCAUUGUGUCCAACUUUAAUUACUUUUAUCAUCGUGAGACAGAAGGAGAGGAACAAGCCCAGUUUCUGCAAGUGAAUGUGCCCAAGACAGACUCCAUCGAGGAGCUAAAGAAGAGCCGCAGCGGAUCCACCAUCAGUAAGUCUGACUAUAUGGAGAUCCAGGAGGCUGUCAACAAUAGUAAUGAGGACUUUCAGGAGGAGAAUCUCAAGACAGCCAACUGCACAUUGGCCAAUACAAACUAUGUUAACAUCACCAAAAUGCUCACAGAUGUGUAGUUUAUUUCCUUACAAAGAUGGAAAACCAGAAGUAAAGCAACUGGAAAGGAGCUUUGAGAGCCCCCUCAUGCUUGAAGUAUUCAUGGCAAUAGAAGAUGUUGGAAGAUGUUGUGGUUGAUAGCGAUAAAACAUUACAAAGACCACGUGCACAUUAUGUUCAUCCACUCUACUCUUUACAAGCUCCCCACCAUCAAUGGAGUUUUAAAUAUUACAUUUUGCAUGGUGUUGGCUUGUAUUUGUUUGCUUCACAGGACAACAACAGGACAAAAAUGUGCACAAAAACAUAGUUCAUAAAAAUAAUAGUUAGGAAUUAUCACUGAAAUGAUAUAUCUCAAUCAUCUUUGUGUCUCCAAGUCACUUUUCCCAAAACACACUAGUAGCUAUUAGCACUUUCUGAAGAGCACUUUGUCUGUGCAACUACGUGCAUCUUUCUAGAGUCAAUAAAACCAAACUUUCUUAUGCUACAACAUCUCCAAAUAAAAGGACAACUAAGCAUAAAGCAAGCUCACUGCAUUGCUUGCAUGGCCCAUGGGUGAUUUGUAAUGAGGCUGGUGGUUAAGUGCACCAUGUUAAUCAAGGAUGAAUGACAGCCACCGGCUUUGAGCUUGUGGUUUGACACCUUUUUAUUAGCAAACAUCAGUAUCUGAUGAAUGACUAAGAAUGGCCUUGACUGUAUUCUUGUUUUUGUCAGACAUGUACUGUAUGUAUUGCAAUGCAAGCUUUCCCUUCAUUCACCGAACUGGUCUUAUUGCAGAGCUUUGAGGACAGCUUGAAUGUUUCUUACAGUUUUGUUGUUGUUGUUUUUUUUUUUGUUUUUUUUUCACAGUUAAACAUGCAGUGGUACUUAUUCAUAGAAAUAGGUGGUUAACAUACAGUAACUGUGAAUCAGCUGAUAGUCAAUAUGUAGAUAACUGCUGUUAAUAGUAAACACUAGUCAGUUAUAGAAAUUGCAUGAUGUUUUUAUCUGAGACUUUCUACUAGUCUCUCAACUGCCACUAGUUUCAUCGCACCUGUGUAUAUAUGUCUUGACACUGCCUUCAAUACAAAUACACUUGAGAAUGGCAAGAGGUUGAUAUGUAAACUGUAUGUUAGAGGAUUUUGGAAGGUAUGAUAUUCAAAUGGCUAAAGCCCAUCUGGAUGCAGUGUCUAUGUCAAUAUCAAUAUAAACAUUCCACAUAGAUAUCAUUGCCAGCUAAAUAUUUAAGAAAAUAUAUUUAAUUUUAAUUACAUAGAGAAUUUAUGUGCAGUCCUGCCUUUUCACAAGUUGGCACAUGUCUUCACUAUCUAAAUAGGAACUUGAGGACUAAUAUAGAAGAAAUGCUUUAUCUGCCUUUAUCUGGAUUUUCGCUACCUUCACUACUGCAUGAAAGCAAAGACAUUCCUAGAAGCAUGCAUUUAAUCGUAAAUAAGAAGCCUCUAAGACAGUUAUUGCAAUAGAUAUGCUUAUUUUCUAUCUGCAUAUAUAAUAUUGAUGCAAUAGAGAAGAUACAAAUAACACACAUUCACCUUUUUAGAAUAAUAAUAAUAUAUCAGUAGGAUAAAAAAAGAAACCUUAUAUGUUCCGUGUUAUACAUGCAUCAUUGUAUGUAUGGUUAUUACUUUAGUCCUUAAAACAUGCUUAGAGUGCCAAAGACACACUCUCAACCAUGUAUACAUUAAUAAUUUCCUAUUUAUUGUAAAUCCUAACCACAUCCUCAAUUUAGGCCAAACUAUUAUGUAAAAUUACCAAAUCUCUGUGAUUAAUUGUUUUUAUUUCAUCCCUAGUGCUACAAAACAGAGUUGUAAAGUUGAGGCAUGACACCUGUAUGUAAAAAAAUACAAAAGAAGCCUUUGAAUGGGUACUGGAAAUAACAUGUACUGUACUGCGGCAUGUGGGGAAAAUACCUUAAGUCUUUAUUCUUGGCCACUCUGGCUAGCUAAUGUGUAUGUUGGUCUCAUAGUAAAUGCAUAAUGAGAUAACUCUGCUGGCACAAAGUGCCAUUUCUAAAGUGUCUCUUUCUGAUUUACAAGUAAGAGUUGUAUCAUAGAUUUUAUUUUUUAUUGAAAUUUCAGAGUUUGUUGACUAUAGUUUUGACAAAGACUGAAGGAUUACUUGAUUAUAGUUAUUUUAACCACAGCCCAUGCAGUCUCUUUUAACCUUGACUUCCGCAAUCUCCUUGUUUAUUUGUAAACAUACUGGCAGUGCCCCUCAUGGACAAUGAUAGUUCCACUGACUUGUGCAUGGACUUUUCUAAUUCAGAGGAAACUAACUUGACUGUGAGUAAGGUAGUCAGUUGUCCAUUAUAGAGAACCCUAGAAAAAAUAGUUUCAAUCUAAUUAAGAAUUUCUUGUCUUUGCUCAACACUGCCAAGAUAACAUUUUAAGGCAGUUAUGUGGAUAACAUAUACUGUAGAUUUUCUGUCUUCAUUUUGCCCUCUUUCAUUUUUAACCUUUAAGCAAAAUGUUUCACGCUAUGGCUGCCAAUAUGUGCUCAGGAUGCCUCUUCCAACUGCCUGAGGCUUCUGAACAUGUCCCUCUACCCGUUCUAUAGCUUUCUUCUUGUUCCAACAUUUUUAUAUAAAUGUUUUAUAUUUAUGUACAUGACUAGAAGUGUCAGAGGUAAGCGUUGUUUAGCAAUAUUACUUUGAAGGACACAACAUUAUCACAAUACUAUAGCCUUGUGGAAGAUUUGUUUUUGUGUGGGAAAAAGUGUCUUUUUUUUUUUUUUUUUUGCUGUUUCUGACAUAUUUUGACUUGUCUCUCUUUGAUUCUAUUUCAGAUAUUAAAGCACUUAAUCAAAUGCAAUAUAUACUACAGCAAAUUGGAUUUUCAAUCCACUGACCAACGUUUUGAAGUUUCACUAUUUUUGCUUUGACUAUAGCUGCACUUGUCGUUUGUGUUUCACGCUGAUCUGAUCUGAUCCAUAACACCUCAACGCAUUAUAUGUUAUGUUUUUAAAUCAUGGGCAGCAUUAGUGAUAACCCUCAUUGUUAUUAUUAUUAUUUGAGUUUACCUCCAGCAAAUGCCAGUGUAGCAACUCAUUUCCUUCUGCUCUAAGCACAAGGUGAGUAGAGUGGUCCUCUGGAGAUGUAAUCUGUGAAGUGAAACACUGAAACAUCUUGCUUUAACAAGGCUCCUUGCAGUCUCUUAAAUCCCAUGCCUCACCCACUGAGGUACCCACCAGCAAUUGGUUUCAUGAGAAGGGUGCCCCAUGGUGAACAUACACUGAGCGAUCUAUGCAGAAUGACUUAAAAAUGGUCUGAAAAAAAAAAAAGUUUUUCUUUCUUUGUUGUUUCAUAUCACUUACAUUUUCGUCCAUUGGAUAGCCAAUGUUGAUCCACUGUGAUGUUCUUUAUGGUUAGCUUUUCAUGGGAGGUUGAGUUUUGGGAUUAUGAGAGCUACACUGUCAUCUUUAUGUAAAAAAGAGAAGAUAAUGUGAAAGGGAAAGCAAUGAUCUAUAUGCAAUCUGUAUGCAUGAAUGUUUGAGAAAGAAGUUGUGUGGUUGUUCACUUCACUCUUGUCAUUGUUGUGUCUGCCACUGAGGCCUGAACCAUACAUCUACAUGGAUACAGAAUAUGGAUUUUCUUUCUAUUAAAUUAAAUGUGAAAGAUGUAAAUAAUAGCCAGUAAAUGAGAAACAAGAACCUUAUUCUCUGAAAUGUAUCUGAAAAAUAGAAAAAUGUUUCAGUAUUGUCUGCACUUUACAAAAGGACAAUCGAUGGACAAGAGAAAUAAAAAUGCAUUUAAUUGUCUCAAAUGCUCAUAUAC